ACCGUCAUCGUUUGGAUUCAAUCGUUCGAUUUGUAAAGUCGUUUCAUUUGGCCAAGUCUUUGGACUACCCGGUAGAAUAAAGUUACUUGAGAAGAGACAAAACAAAUCUUUCGAACUUUUCAUUCAAGAAAUUCGUAUUUCUUUUUUGUGAAGCUGAGAUGUUUCGUUGCUCGAGAUCUUUCUUGCCAAAGUUCACUGGGACGUUAGGAUCAAGAGCCACAUGUCAAAUUUUGAUUCAAAGAAAUCUCGGCAACCAGAGUGAAGGGGUAAAACCCGCACAUAAAACGGCAAAAGCUUUUGAAAGCAUCCCCGGUGCAUUGCUAACAAAUCCCAGAACGGAAUACCGAAAUAUGCGCGUGUAUCAAGGCAGGAUAAAAGCUGUUGUUCUUGAUUGGGCUGGAACUGUCGUGGACUGUGGCGUAUAUUCUCCUGCGAUUGUCUUUACAAAGAUCUUCGAGCACGAAGGCGUCCCGAUCACGAACGAGGAAGCCCGAGAGCCAAUGGGGAUGCAUAAGAAAGUGCAUAUGCGCACAAUCACGCAAAUGGAAACCGUACGGAGACGGUGGAGGGAAAAAUUUGGUCGCAACCCGAACGAAGAAGAUGUUGAGCGAAUGUACGAGAAAUCAAUUCCGUUGCAAUUGUCGUUGUUGGAAGAAUACAGCGAGAUGAUUACAGGCGCAGUGGAAACUGUCGACAUACUCCAAAAAGACUGGGGGUUGAAAAUUGGCUCGACCACUGGAUUCACGACGCCUAUGCUGGAUGUGGUCAAGCGAAUCGCAGCUAAGAAUGGAUACGUGCCCGAUUGCUAUGUCGCCGCUGACCAAGUGCCACAGGCUCGUCCCUUUCCGUAUAUGGUGUGGAUGAACGCGAUACAAUUGGAUGUAAACCCAAUAUCGGCGAUUGUAAAAGUUGAUGACACGAAAGAUGGGAUAAGAGAAGGCACAUCAGCAGGUUGCUGGGCGGUUGGUCUAGCGAGAACAGGCAACUACGUCGCAUUAAAUGAGAAGGAAAUAGAUCAAUUGAGCGACGAGGAAUACGAAUUAAAGAUUGCGAAAUCCUACGAAACCUUGGCGAACGCUGGCGCACAUUAUGUCAUCGAUACUAUUGCUGAACUCCCACCUGUAAUUGAAGAUAUCAACCGCAGACUGGCUGCUGGCGAACGACCUUGAAUUAUGAAGAUUUUCUGAACAAUACUGGGAAGACAAAUAAUCGUCUGACUUUUUGUAUCAUUCUUCAUACAAGACGAAAUACUCACCGCAUUAACUAUAGUAAUUAUGAUAUAAAUUAAUUAUAACUUAAGGCCCUGUUACACGGUGCAAUUUUUCCUGCAACUUGCAAUGCAAUUCUUGUUUUGAGCGAUGUUAAUAUGAAAACCACCAAACUUUUGUCUUUAUUACACCCCAUGCGUUUCUUGAUUACAUGCACUUACAUUUUGAAAACUCUUCACUAAUUUACAUCUUUUACAUCUAACAUCUAACUUACAUCAAGUUGCCAGAAAAAUUGCACCGUGUAACAUGGCCUUUAUUAUUCAAAAAUCAGAUUGAGGUUCGGAUUUCCAAGCUCAAUGAGAUGAUGUGUUAAUCCCGAACGAUGUUGAUGAGAGCAAAUAAGAGCAUUGCCUGUUUUUCUACCAUACAAUGUUUGUAUAAUAGCAUGCUUCUUCUUAAUUACCAAUGCCGUUUACCGUUCUUAUAGCGCUGUUCAGUUAUCAACAUGGUUUGCCUUUAGCGACAGUAAAUAGAUAGUUUCUUUGUUUUUCCAUGUUCUUCGCUAAUCAUAACUCGGUAUUUAAUAAGUUACUCGAAUUUAAUUUGUCAGGCAUGUCAUCUUUUCUUUCAAUGACUGUCUGCAUGUUUUAAACGAAUCAUGAAAAACCUGUUCUAAGGCAAAAAAAAAGAGAGACGAUUCUUGACGGCAAAUACAUUGUAUGACCAUUCAAAUGAACUAUCUUACUAUAUUCACACUCGUUUCCUGUUUUUAAUUUAUUUAAUAAAUAAACAGCAUUUUUAACUAUUGUCACACAGACUGAGACCGUUUGACAAUGCUACUGCGCUCACACCUAGGCCCUUUCCUUUUUUCGGUAAUAAUGGCCUGACCAGUCCUGAUGGGUUUCAGUACAGACAUGCUGGCAUUUUAGAGUGUUUCAAGAACUCUGCACUAUUUAAAUAUAUUGUUACUUACAUCCA